CCGUGUGGCGCCAGAGCCUCGGGCUCAACUCGAGCCCGGCUGCGAGGACGCUUGUCGAUGUUACGCUGCACGACGACGCGGACGAGGCCGACGAGCGCGAGCGGGCACUCGGGCUCGGCGCGAGCGACGACGACGAGGAGGGCGCGAGGGAGGGGCGCAACGGCGGGACGCCCCGUGCGAGGCGAGCAGGGUCGUCCAAGCGGCGCUCGGCGGCGGUCAACGGCGACGAGGCGGCGGCGGGCGCAGGAGGAGGGGGGUACGGCGCGCUGUCGCACGGCGCACCUCCGGUCGAGACGCGCGACCGCCAGACGUCGGUCGCCGAGCCGCACGCCGCCGACGGCUUCCUCAGCAACCGGUACAGCGUCAACCUGUCGUCGCUGUCGGCCUCGUCGCCCUCGGUCCCGGGCACGUCGACCGCGCCCGACUCGCCCGCCGCGCCCGCCGACCCCGACGCGCCGACGCAGCACGAGCCCGAGACGGCGAGCAACGGGAUCCAGCGGCUCCAGGCCGAGUUCCUCAAGGUGCGCGAGCGGCAGGAGCACGAGGGCGACGAGGCCAUGGCCAUCGACUGGGAUUUCUGGGGCCGCGUUAUGAACGACUACGAGGAGGUGGCGAGGACUCAGCCUCGAGAUCUUUCUCGCGCCAUCCAGCGAGGCAUUCCGCCGGCCUUGCGCGGCAUGACGUGGCAGCUCAUGGCUGCCGCCAAGGACGCCAACCUCGAGUUCGUCUACUCGGAGCUCCUCAAGCAGAGCUCGCCGCACGAGAAGAGCAUCGCGCGCGACCUGAGCCGCACGUUCCCCAAGCACGCCUACUUUGUCGACGCAGACGGCGUCGGUCAAGAGAACCUGUUUAACGUCGUCAAGGCGUAUUCGCUCUACGACGACGAGGUGGGUUACACGCAGGGUCUGCAGUUCAUCGUCGGCCCUUUGUUGCUCAACAUGCCCGACGAGGAGGCCUUCUCGGUCCUCGUGCGCCUCAUGAAGGCCUACGACCUGCGCUCGCACUACACGCCCAACAUGCCCGGCUUGCAACUGCGCCUGUUCCAGUUCGACCGCCUCGUCGAGGAGCUCGCGCCGACCGUGUUCCUCCACAUGCUGCGCCAGGGCGUCAAGAGCAGCAUGUACGCGAGUCAGUGGUUCUUGACCUUGUUCGGGUACCGCUUCCCGCUCGAGCUCGUCUCGGCCGUGUUCGACCUCGUGUUUGCCGAGGGCGUCGAGGCCGUGUUCCGGUUCGCCGUGUCGCUCCUGCGCCGCAACGAGGCGCACCUCCUCACGCUCGAGUUCGAGGACCUGAUCGACUUUCUCAAGAACGGCCUGUUCGAGGUCUAUGCGCCCGACGAGGAGGAGCGAGCGCGCAACCCGGACGCGCAGUACAAGGUGCACGAGUUUGUCCGCGAGGCGCUGCAGGUCCGGAUCACGCCCAUGAUGCUCGACCAGUUCGGCGAGGAGUGGGCCUCGCUGUGCGCGGCGCAGACGGCGCACACGGCCGAGCUCGACGCCCUGCGCAAGGCCAACCUGCAGCUGUCGAUCCAGGUGCGACAGCUCGAGGCGAGCUUGGCCCAGAUCAACGCCGAGCACUGCGACCUCGUCAAGCAGGUCGUCGCGUCGAGGUUGGACCGCGAGGAGCUCGAGGACGAGCUCGUCAAGUACAAGCUCGCCUACGCCGACCUGUCGCACCUCGCCGCUGCCGAGCGCGCCUCGACCUCGUCGCUCCAGGUGCGCCGCCAGAGCGAACUGAGUACCGCCUCGUCGCGCUCGGGCGACGAGAACCCGCUCCCGGCACCGCCGGCGCCACCGCUGCCACCGCGGCAGGCGUCGGGCUCGGGCGGCGGGGCGGCGGCGGCGCUCAGUGGGAUCGGGCGAGGGUGGUUCGGCGGCUCGGCGGGCGGUACGCCGGUGAGGAGGACGAGCUCGAACAUGAGCGGUGGAGGAUGGUGAGCGCCUGAGCGUGCGACGCAGACGAGGAUGCGGACGAGGAGCGAGUUGGUGGUCGAGCGUAGCUAGACGGCCGGAGCUGGGCUCGGGUCGACUCUCAUCGGUGGACACUAUUCCUGCAUGCACCGCCUUGU